AUGGGGCGUGCCGUUGUGCUCCUACUUUUAUAUUUGAGCGCCGCUUGCGCAGAAAUUUUGACACCCCCGUACUUUAACUUAGCGUUUGGAAAGAAAAUUACCGCAACAGCGACAUGCGGCGACGAAGGACCGGAACUCUACUGUAAACUGGCCGGCGCUAACGCCGACCACGACGAGCAUGUAAUCCAAGGACAGGUUUGCGACAUUUGUGAUGCUAAUAAUGAGGCGAAGAAGCACCCACCAGAGUAUGCAGUCGACAGUAUGGAGACUUGGUGGCAGAGUCCACCGCUUUCGAGGGGGAUGAAGUAUAAUGAAGUCAAUCUCACAAUUGACCUUGGUCAGGAAUUCCACGUGGCUUACGUAUUCGUGCAGAUGGGUAAUUCACCACGCCCAGGUCUUUGGACCUUGGAGAAGUCUACUGAUUACGGAAAAACUUUCAAGGCUUGGCAAUAUUUUUCGGAAUCACCCCAAGACUGCGAAAGAUAUUUUGGAAAGGAAAGUUUACAGCCCAUUACUAGGGAUGACUCAGUCAUAUGCAGCACAGAAUAUUCAAAAAUUGUGCCCUUAGAAGGAGGAGAGAUACCGAUCUCCCUUUUAAACUACCGUCCGUCGUCAAACAAAUACUUCGAUUCACCAGUUCUACAAGAAUGGACGAGAGCAACUAAUGUGAGACUGCGUCUAUUAAGAACAAAGAAUUUACUCGGGCACCUUAUGUCUGUCGCCAGGCAGGAUCCGACUGUAACUAGACGGUAUUUCUACAGUAUUAAAGACAUCAGUAUUGGUGGACGUUGCAUGUGCAAUGGUCAUGCAGACACUUGUGAUCCGGCGGAUCCACAAAGCAAUACCAACAUUUUGGUCUGUCGCUGCCAACACAAUACUUGCGGUCCACAAUGUGCAGCUUGCUGUCCAGGCUUUGAGCAAAAGAAAUGGCGAAUAUCACAGAACUGGAACCGCUUCGCUUGCGAACCGUGUAAUUGUCACAAUCAUACAACGGAGUGUGUGUACGACACUGAGAUUGAUGAGAAGCGUCUAUCCUUGGACAUUCACGGAAACUAUGAAGGCGGUGGCGUUUGUCAAAACUGCCAGCAUAACACAGAGGGUAUCAACUGCAACAAAUGCAAGCCUACUUACUUUCGUCCAUACGGAAAGAGAUGGGACGAAAUCGAUGUAUGUCAACCCUGUAAUUGCGAUCUUCACUACUCAACUGGUAACUGCGAAGAGGAAACGGGUCGUUGCGAGUGUCGGCCAGAGUUUAAUCCACCGAAUUGUGAUUCUUGUGCUUACGGCUACUUUGAUUACCCUAACUGUAAGCCAUGCACUUGUAAUUUAAAUGGCACUGAAGGAGACAAUUGCACGCCUACAGAUGGUUUAUGUCCAUGCAAAUACAACUACGCAGGGAAGUCUUGUGAAAUAUGUGAAGAUGGUUAUUACUCUCCCGAAUGCAAAAACUGCGAGUGUAAUUCAGUUGGAUCAGUAUCCCACGUUUGCGACAAAGAAACAGGAAACUGUACAUGCAAAAGUAAAUACAGCGGCCGCACAUGCAACCAAUGCGAGGCUGGCUAUUACAACUACCCUACUUGCAAGCACUGCAACUGUGAUACCAGCGGUACAGAACCUAGCAUUUGUGAUGACGUCAACGGACAAUGUAUCUGCAAAACUGGUUUUGGUGGUACUCGCUGUGACCAGUGCAUAUCAGGUUACUACAUGGAAGUACAAGGUAGAGAGCGGCUUUGCGUGCCUUGCAACUGCUCCCCUACCGGCUCUACAUCGACCAGCUGCUCUGCUGAUGGCAAAUGCAACUGUCUUUCUAAUUUUGGAGGGAAGCAAUGCGACCAAUGCUCACCUGGGUAUUACAAAUACCCAGAAUGUCUACCGUGCAACUGCGACCUGGCCGGCUCCAUCGGAUCCACUUGCGACGACAGCGGUCUUUGUCACUGCAAACCAAACUUUGACGACGCCAAAUGCGACAAGUGCAAGGCACAAUUCUACAACUAUCCAGCCUGCGAGGAGUGCAACUGCGAUCCGAGAGGCGUUAUAGCAACUUUUGCGGGUUGCGGUUCAGUGCCAGCUGGAGAACUUUGUCAGUGCAAAGAUCGCGUGCAAGGACGCAUCUGUAAUGAUUGCAAAGCUCUAUUUUGGAAUUUGCAAGAUUACAACCCCCUUGGAUGUGAAGAAUGCAACUGCUUCUUGGCGGGAACGCUGGGUGGACUUGGCACAUGUGAUACGCGUUCCGGUCAAUGUACGUGCAAGAUGAACGUUGGUGGACAGCAGUGUGACCAGUGUCAGGGUGGUUUUUACAAACUUGAAACCAACAAUCUAUUUGGUUGUACCGAAUGCGACUGCGAUAUCGGAGGAUCUAUCGACAACAACUGCGACAAGCAGACCGGACAGUGUCGUUGUCACUCUCGGAUAGAGGGUCGCCGCUGUGACAGACCUAUUCGUGCACAUUACUUCCCCACUCUCCAUCAGUUCCAAUAUGAAGUUGAAGAGGGCCUUACGCAAUCAGGGCCAGUCCGCUAUAGGGACUCUGAAGAAGUAUUCCCCGGGUAUUCCUGGAAAGGAUACGUCGUAUUUUCGGUUCUACAGAAUGAAGUAAUCAAUGUGGUACAUAUCAGCAAGUCGUCGCUAUACCGUAUGGUACUUAAAUACGCCAACCCUCUCAGAGACCCCGUAGUUGCUACGAUUAUAAUAACACCAGAAAGCGUGGUCGAUACUCAGCAAAUGUUCAACGCAUAUUUGAGGCCAACCGAACAACCCCAACUUGUAACUGUAACAUUGGAGAAAGGUAAUGCACCGGCGCCAUUUGUUAUGAAUGCUGGGGUUUGGACUGUCACCAUUAAAACUACCCGCGAAGUUAUGAUUGAUUACUUUGUACUAAUACCGGAAGCUUACUACGAGGCGACAGUAUUAACUAAGCUGGUGGAUAAGCCAUGUGUUAUUGGAGAGCGUAAUCUGUGUCGACACUUUGCGUACCCAAGUCUCAGCGGGCUACCCACAGCCGAUGUGAGCACGUUAGCGGUUAAUGUCUCCGAAUACAUCACUGCUGCUGAGCAAUUAAGAGAAUACAAUGUUGGACCUAAUGACAUUCCACUACUCAAAAAUGACCAAAGCGAAUUGCAAUUCAACAUGAAAAUACACCCAAAUGGUCCCUACGUGCUUGUCCUUGAAUACGUGACACCAGUUAACACCACAGGAUUUGUUGGUGGGGCCGAGUUGGAACCGUACAAUGGAACACAAGAGAACAUUCCAAGAGGAAUAAUUACCAUCAGAUUCCAAUCUGGGGACGCAUCUGAAUCAAGCGCAGUUGUGAACAUAAACGCUUGCCCGUAUACUGCGGCAUGUAGACAAGUCAUAACAGAUGAUUUGUCGAAGGUCUUCAUUGUGAAUGUGAUGGACGCCAACAACGUAAUCAGUUUGGAGAGCGACACUGAUACAAUAGCUGGAAUAAAGUCAAUAGUGGCGGUCCCUGAAUCAGACUGGCAUCUCGACUACAUCACACCACGUCCGUAUUGCCUCAGACGUGAUGGAAAAUGCAGCCCUGGGGUUUUCUCUGCAGCAGUAGACUCUAAAAAGGUCGAAAUAGAGACUGGGUCUGGUGGCAUCCGUGAUACAAGACCUGCUGGUAUGGAUAAUUCAACAGUGGUUGUUUACUUGGGACCAGGGUCGGAACCAAUUAAGGUCGAUUCUAAAAUACCUUCACCCGGGGACUACCUAUUCGUUAUACAUUAUUACCAACCUGAUAACCCACAAAGCAACGUAGAAAUAACAGUCACCACUGAUGACCAGAAAUACGAUGCUUCCUUACCAAUAGAACAUUGUCCCUCGCAUUCUGGAUGCAGAGCACUUAUCACACUAGCAAAUGGCAACACACAGUUUUCUCUAAAUGAGAAUUUUACGCUAUUAAUCCAGGGAAAUGCAAGCAAAGGUGUUUGGCUUGAUUACGUUCUUGUGAUAGCUAAGCCUGACUACAUGGAUACAGCCGUGAAAGAAGCAAAUACAUUAGACUACACUAGAGAAUUUAUUGAGAAAUGCGCAAUGAAUCACUAUCACAUCAACCCUAAUGAAACUGGUUUUUGCCGCGACGCGAUGUUUUCAAUCACAGCAGAGUACAACAGCGGUGCACUUAGAUGCUUGUGCGAUUUUAUGGGGUCCACGGAAUUAGAGUGCAACACGUUUGGCGGACAAUGUCCAUGCAAGCCCAACGUAAUCGGGCGUACGUGCAGCGCCUGCAAAACUGGUUUCUACGGAUUUCCAAAUUGCAAGCCAUGCAAUUGUCCGCUAACCGCUAUUUGCGACGAUAAUGGGCAAUGCAUCUGCCCCAAAAAUGUGGAAGGUGACAAUUGCGACCGUUGUAAGCCAUACACCUUUAAUUUCGACGUGCAGCGAGGCUGCGAUGAUUGUAACUGCAACCCGCUAGGUGUUGUUGGCCACCAGCUACAGUGCGAAGCCGACAGCGGAAACUGCGACUGUAAAGAAAACGUUAUUGGCCGCACUUGUGAUCACUGUGUACCCGGACAUUACGCCUUCCCGGAAUGUCUGCAAUGUACUUGCAACCUUGACGGCACUACCGAGGACGUGUGUGAUCAAAACACGGCUCAGUGCUACUGCAAAAAACACGUGAGAGGGCAGGCCUGUGACACAUGUAAAGAUGAAUACUUCAAUCUGCAACCCGACAAUUCUGACGGAUGCACCAAAUGCUACUGCUUCGGGAAAACUACGAGAUGCGCCAGCUCUUAUCUUACUUGGGCUGAGAUCAGCGGAAUGAGUGAUUGGUACUUAGUGAACAUCGAAGUGAAUCGUACCCUUAAUAUUUAUCCCCACACAAUUGCUCCCAGCAUUCUGAAUGAUACUGUUAUUGGUGCUGAACUUGUAAGCAGUGAUGAACAUGAUCAGAAAGUAGUUUAUUUUGGCGCACCAGAGUAUUAUCUCGGUCAACGCCUUACGUCAUAUGGAGGAUACCUUUCUUACACAAUCUUCUAUACGACACGAGACGAAGGAUACGCCGUUAUAGAAGCUGAUGUUAUCAUUGGCGGUGUUAAUGGAUACAUAGUUUACAAUAGUGUGGAACAACCGCCUUCUUUAGUUAACUGGAGGCACAGCGUCAGAAUAACCGAGGACGAAUUCACUAACUUAGAUGGCUCGGCGGUCACAAGAGAUCAAUUUAUGAACGUCCUUGUCAAUGUGACCAGUAUAUACAUCAGAGCUACAUAUUGGCAUGAAGCUGUAACAACUAGGUUGGUGGGAGUGAGCCUGGAUGUUGCUGUGGAAGAAUAUACAAACGACGGUAGACAAGCAUCAUCGGUGGAAGAAUGCCAAUGCCCGAAAGCGUAUAGAGGUUUAUCUUGUGAGCAAUGCGCUGAAGGUUAUUACAGGCUUAGUUCGGGGCCGCACGCCGGAUUCUGCGUCCCGUGCCAAUGCAACGGGCAUUCCACCUCAUGCGACGUUAACACUGGUAUCUGCUUGGAAUGUACUGACUACACUAUGGGCGAUCACUGCGAGCUCUGCAUACCUGGUUAUCAUGGAGACGCGACAGUUGGCACACCACAUGAUUGUCUCAUCUGCGCUUGCCCUAUGCCUUACCCAUCAAAUAACUUUGCCAUUGGCUGUGACUUGAGCCAAAACGGUUCCCUUAUAUCGUGCGUUUGUAAACCUGGUUAUGGUGGUGCGAGAUGCGAAUAUUGCGCAGCUGGAUACUACGGUGUACCUGAAGACAUUGGUGAUUACUGUAAACCCUGCAACUGUUCGGGCAAUAUCAACGUGGAGGACCCCAGCUCUUGUGACAGUAUUACUGGAGAUUGCCUGAAGUGUGUCAACAAUACGGCGGGUGCCGCUUGCAAUCUGUGCGCCCCUGGUUUCUUUGGCGACGCUAUCUUUUCUAAGAACUGCACAGCGUGCGUUUGUGAUGAGUUUGGCAUGGAACGUUGUGACCCUACCACGGGGACAUGUGUAUGCCGGCCUGGUGUGAUCGGUGAGAAGUGUGACCGCUGCGCACCAGAUCAUUGGGGUCUCAUGACUGGACAGGGCUGCACGCCGUGCGACUGCGCACUUGCCUCGGAAUCCUCACAGUGUGACGAUAACACAGGCCAAUGCAGAUGUGCUAAAGGAGUCACGGGCAAGCACUGCGAUCAGUGUGCCGCUGGUUACUGGAACUACACUAAAUAUGGAUGCGACCAUUGUAACUGCAACACUGGUUACUCUCUUGGAUUUAUGUGCAACGCCACGGGUCAAUGUGAAUGCCUUCCCGGCGUCAUAGGCGAAAAGUGUGAUCGUUGCCCAGAAAGAUGGGUAUUGAUACCUCAUGAAGGCUGUCUGGAGUGUGAUUCCUGCACCGAUGCCUUGAUCUUCUCAAUACAAGAUUUAAGUUAUCUGCUUUCAAAUGAAAGCUUGGAAUUCAGGGACAAGGCAGACUCUUUUUUCACAACGCAACGUCUCAACUACAUAUCGAACCAAACUGAACGUCUGAAACCUAGAGUGACCGAACUUCGCAACGUAGAUUUGGAUGAAGUUACUUCCGCAGUAAAGUCACUUGAAACCAGCUCCAAAAACCUUCUGAGAUCAGCGGAGUUCGCAGCGACAGAUAGCGACCAUCAGAUCACUAGAGCAGCUUAUUUAGCAGCUGAUGCAGACAAAGUCUUCGAGUCAGUACGGGAUCAUACUCAGAAAGCUAAAGACGUUGUCACUUAUGUCAGUGAUUUGGCCACUGGCUUGGAACUUAGUCAACAACCUAAGGUCGACAGUGCCUUGGAAGAAGCUCGACAAAUUAGGAGAGAUAUUUCCGCUAAGGAUCUUACUCCUAAAAAGCAACAGGCUAUCGGCGCCAUGAACAACGCAACUAAGCAAAUCGAACGAAUGAAUGUUUUUGUUCAACCAGUCAAUGAGCAAACAAAGAAGUUCCAAAAAUUGGUAAAUACAACAAGAGAAAUAAGGGAAAAACUGGAAGAAAUGUUAGCAUACACCGAUCUCGCUCAACAUACCGCCGACGCUGCUAAAACGCUCAAUGAUAAGAACAGGAAGUCAAAGUUCGGAAACAAAGUACUCUCGGUAACAAAAUUAAACAGCGCAGCUAUGAAGGAUCUAAUCGACGCAGCCUUGGACAUUAACAACGCAACUUUCUUUAAUACAUUAGCAGCUGGUACUGUAAAUAGUUCAUCAAAUUCAUUAGAAGAUAUAACCACUAAGAACCAGGAAAUGGAGGACAGGUUAGCUUUAUUGGCAGAGAGUUUACCAGAGCUUAACAAUUUAACUGAUGUCGCCCUCCAUCACGCAAGAGGAUUGAGGAACAGGGCGGACAGUCUACGCGCUCUAGCUGAAAGGGAAAAUAACAACACCAGAACACAACACGCUUAUAGCGCAGCUUCGGCGUACUCAUCUAUUGUCCAGGAAAUCAGUGAUGCAAAGAAAGCCGCCGAAGAAGCAGAUACUUCGGUUCAAAACGCUACAAACAUUAAUAAUAUUCUCUACGAAAAUGUGACACCUGCCAAGGACACAUCACAAAAUUUAUCCGAGCGCGCUUUAAAGGCGCAACAAACUGUUGAACAAAAGUUAAGACCUAAUCUUACUCAGGCUGAGCAAGCACUCAAAAAUGCAUGGGCCACACUAGGCGCUGCUGAUGAUGAAGACAAUGCUAUACAGCUGUCUCUUCCAACAACUGCUCCGUCAUCUUUAGAGAGUGAAACUCAGAGAGCGGCAAAUGUCUCAGCAACUAUUAAUUAUACUACAGAUAUAAUGUCGGAACUCGGAAGUGAUCUCGCCGCUAGUAAGGAAUGGGCCCAGUCUCUCCCAAAAUUAGCAAAUGAUGCCCAAAAAAUGACUUCGAACAUUGAAAACUUAAUAAAUAACAUCGGAGAAAUGGAACCUAAGAUUUCUUCUCAAUACCGUGUUGUGAAAAUGAAGCAGGAAAGUCUUGAACAACAUCGCAAGGAGGCAGACGAUAAACUGCAAAAACUAAGGGAACUUGUUGAACAGGCCCGCACAGUAGUAAACCGAGUACCGAUUGGAGUCACAUUCGAUCGAUGGUCAACUCUUCAGCCAAGAUUACCCGAAACCGUAGAUGAGAUGUCCACCUCUACACAUGUUUCUGCAUACUUCCGUACCAAAGAGAACAAUGGCUUUUUACUUUAUUUAGGCAAUCCUAAAGACACAAUGCUAAGGCGGACAAAAUCAGACGACUUCAUGGUAAUCGGUAUUCAGAAUGGAUAUCCGUAUCUUGUAAUGGACAUCGGAGACGUAGCCGAAUCUGGGCUAGAACCCGCAAGAAUUGGUAGUGAGAAAUUUGUCGCUGACAACAAAUGGUACCAAGUUAUUGUUGACAGAGUGGGGCGCAAUGUUAAAUUAUCAAUUCGGGAAAGUCUGGACAAUGGCACUGACUACAUACACUCCAAAGAAGCAACACUGCCCGGCCAACAUACUAUCUUCAAUCUGGACCGACAGAAAUCCAAGCUUUACGUGGGCGGCGUACCAUCAGACGCAACGCUCCAGGGAGUAAGUUUUCCUGCCUUUGAAGGCCAAAUAGAGGAACUAAUGAUAGGUGACACGCCUGUGGGACUUUGGAACUUCGUUAGUGCUGCUAACUUGAAAGGAUCCAGGCAGAGAGAUAAAUUGAUAACAUCUCAGAGCGGACCGCAAGAGUUCCGAUUCAAUGGUCGAUCCCACGUCACUAUGCCAGGAAGAGGCUACUUGGUACCUCAGAAGAACCAUGUUUUGCUUUUCUUCAGAACUUAUGCCCCAGACGGCCUGAUAUAUCUAGUAGGAGAAGGCAACUACUUCUUCUCUUUGCAAUUACAAGAUGGACGAAUAUAUUUACAGGUAUCACUUGGAAAUCCAGAUGAUCUUGUUAUUAUUGGUACUUCUAAAACAUACAAUGAUGGCAAAUGGCAUAGAUUGGACGCGGGAAGAUAUUUAACAACAUGUUCUCUCAAAGUCGACGGAGAAGUACUCAAGACUGUAUCGACGUCUGAAGUUAAAGAAAUACCUGAUCUUGAUACAAUGAACUUCGGAGGAAAUAAUAAGGGUAUCAUACAAGUAACAAAUAAAGGAUUCGAUGGAUGCAUUCGACAAAUUAGUAUCGACGGUGUAAAUAUUGAUCUCAGUGAGAAUAUAGAGUCAGUUGGUGUAGCCUAUGGUUGCCAGUUUGCUUCAUUGGUUUCCCUGUCGGGUGAAAAUAGUUACCUACGCUACGUGAAUUUAACUACAGAGAACAUGCUACUAACACUGAAAUUCAAAACUUCAAAACCGGAUGGACUCAUUUUUGUAUACCUCAGCAGAACCCAAACAGCAACAAUGUCAGAUAGUAUUUCACUCUCCCUGAUAAAUGGCAAAUUGGUACUUAUGAGCCAACGGGAACAGCUGGACACUGGUUUGAGUACAUACAACGACUCUCAAUGGCACGUCGUAACAGUCAUACACAACAAUCAAGCCUUGCGGCUAGUUGUUGACGACUUUGAUUACUUCAGUACGGACACAGCGCCAGCCCCAUUGCAUAUACUUGACGGAGUAUUGUUUGUGGGAGGUGUACAACCAAGUUACGUCGUCGGCGGCAAAGUUGGUUCCAAGACACCGUUUGAGGGUUGCAUAGCCGACGCUACAAUAAAUGGCAGGGUGCUAAACCUACUAGAACCCUUCAGUAAUCACAGUGUCACUUUUGGCAGAUGUGGCACAACCACUACCACAGGCGGAGUUCCUCCCGAUAAAGCAUCAUGGCCAGCUCCUAUCCCUGCCGAUGUGUUGCCAACUCCGUCGCCAUUACCUCCUCUAGCAACUCCUGAACCAGAAAUGGCAACAAUUAAAGGCUAUGCAGAUGAAAAUGAAAUAUUUACGGUACCACCAACUGAACCGCCAACUACAACUUUGGCGCCUUUCAUCACUACCACCAUUCGUCCUUCGACGACGACACGCCAGCCUCCGCCACAGCCUGAAUCAGGAUGUUCGUUAGCAUACGACCCACAAUACGGAAUUGGUGAUCCAUCAGAAGGCUAUAGGUUUGGCACCCGAAAUGACAGCCGAAUCGAGUACUCUAAGCUACCAGGUAGACAGCUGGAGGGCUUCGACUUUACCAUCACAUUCCGUACAUUUGACCAACAUGGGGGUCUCAUUUUCUAUGCAGAGGCGGAUAAGGCUCCAGGGCAAUUCCUUGCUCUUUAUAUGAAGGACGCGAGAAUUUAUUUCACUUUCAAUUGUGGAGGAGAUACAGCUUUCGUAGAAUCGACACAAAUGUACAAUGGAACUGAGUGGCACACUGUAACCUUAGUCAGAAACGAAGGACACGGAAAACUUACUGUGGACUCGGAGCGCAUCGGAGAAGCCAGCGUCACAUGCAUUUCUCCUGCCGUUCUAACACCGCCUUUCUAUUACGGAGGGCUGGGAAAUAUUACCACUAGUGUCAGCCAGAAUCUCAUGGACUUCUAUCAGCCGUUUAAGGGCUGCCUCAAAGGCUUGAUGAUGAAUGGCCAGUACGUUACCGACAUCCUCUACCGUGUGAACUCUCUGCGUUGUACCGAUAACAUUGAACACGGCGUUUACUUUGGACCAUCCAAUAAUGCUCACAGCAAUUAUCUGAAGCUUCUUGAGAACUUUAAAGUCGGCUUUGAGAUUUCUAUCUCAAUGGAAGUGAAGCCACGUAACUCCACCGGGCUUUUGUUGAGUGUUCACGGCAGAAGAGACUUCAUGAUCCUCGAACUCCUGGAGAACGAAGUAGUAGCAAAUGUUGAAAACGGGAAAGGGCCUUUCCAUGCCAGUUACAAACUUGGCAAUAAAUUUUCACUGUGCGAUGGAAAUUGGCACAGGAUUCAUGCUGUAAAAUCUCGCCAUGUGGUGUCCGUUGGUGUAGAUGGUCACUUCUCCGAUGCUGGUUUGGGCCAGUCUGGUUCGACGGACACGCGAUCAGCGUUGUACAUUGGAGGUCACGAGCGUCCUAUAGCUAAAGUCCGUGGUGUGAGGUCCCGACGCGGUUUCACUGGCUGCAUCAGGAAUAUCGUCAUUAGAGAAACACCUAUACAGAUACCACUAAAUGCAGCCGGCCGUAAUACACACGUUGGUGUUUGUCCGACUGAUUAA